AUGUUGAAAUCUAUUUUAAUCCUCCUUUUGGGCGCAGCCCACGUCGCCAGAGCUACCGACGCGCAAGUGGUCUUCGCAUCCGAGACUCCAAGCGCGCACGAACACACUGUUGACGAGGCCAUUCUUGCAGCUCUGAAAGCGCAUUCGGAUCCAGUCGCUGCAUUUGUCUCUCUCAAUCCCGAGAGUGAAUCGCUCCUUGCUCAACCGCGUCUCUUACGUGUCCUGGGUGAUGACUCCGAGCCACAAUGGAUGACUGAAGGAGACAAGCUGCGCCUCCGUAGACAGGGCAAGAAGUUCGUAGACAUUACCGACCAUGAAGAAUUCUAUGCAGAACAGGUGCAGAGCUUGACAGCUGGCAAUCCUCAUCUCCCUAAGCUCGUCCAUGAAAGCCUCAUUCGGCCUCUUUUCCCCAAGGUUGAUCGAAAUCGGAUGACAGAUGUUCUCCAUCAUCUGACUGGCUACUAUAACCGGUACUAUGGAGAUAUCCAUGGCGAAUUGAGCUCCGAGUGGCUUCAUGAACACAUCGCUGAGAUUAUCGCCAAAUCUCCAUUCCGUACCCAUAUCUCGCUCGAGUAUUUCACCCAUUCCUUCCCUCAGUCAUCAAUCAUUGCUCGCUUCGAGCCCAAGGUCCGCAAUGCUUCUGCCCCAUUGACAAUCGUCGGUGCGCAUCAAGACUCGGCCAACUACCUUUUCCCUCUUCUGCCCGCCCCCGGAGCAGAUGACGACUGCUCAGGUACAGUCAGUAUCUUGGAAGCGUUCCGUAUUCUGGCCGAGAGCGGCUUCACGCCCAAGAAUGGACCGGUCGAGUUCCACUGGUAUGCAGCCGAAGAGGGUGGUUUGUUGGGAAGCCAGCCCAUCGCCCGCUACAAAAAGGAGCAGGGGGCACAGAUAGGAGCGAUGAUGGAAUUCGACAUGACGGCCUUUGUAGCGCGCAACGCGACCGAGACAAUCGGGUUCAUUUCUACCCAAGCUGACCCAGCUCUUACCAAUUGGACGGUUGCUCUAAGCGAGAAAUACAUCUCCAUUCCAACACAGAUCUAUGAUCUCGGACCGGACGCUGGCUCUGAUUACAUGUCGUAUACUCAACUCAACUACCCUGCCGCUUUUGCGUCGGAGGGAAACCCCUUAGCGGGAGGUGUUUUCCCCGGUGAGUAUGAUCCCUAUGUUCAUAGCUCUCGCGACACUAUGUGGGUGAAUGAUGAAAGUGGCUAUUUCUCUGUCGAUCACAUGGCACGAUUCACUGAGCUAGCGCUUGCAUUUGUGGUGGAGCAGGCUGGUUGGAACAAUGCAUGGCGGUAA